CGCGAAGCAAUAAGGUCGGCUAAAAGCUGCUAUCCCUUUAAUAUUGUAAGAUUUAAAAUAUUAGAAAUUUAAUUAAUUAAUCUGUAACGCAACUAUCAUUUAAUAAAUGGUAUAUUUAGUUUGAAGAUUCCUGAAAUUUUCAAAUCAUUCUAUAGAUGUAAUUUAUAGAUAAGUUUUUUUUUUUGCAUUCAAAAUGGCUACACAAGAAGAAACUCUUCCAACACCAAGAGCAAGUACUCCGUCCAGCCCAAUUAACAAGAAUGUUCCAAUUAUUGUAGAGAGUCGCUCAAUUGAGGAUGAUACGGAACUUAUAGAUGAAAGUGGCCAAAAAAACUUUAAUACUGUUAUUCCUAAAAUUGUUAGUGGGGAAAAUAUUGAUAGAUUUACAUAUAAAAAUUCCAUCGCUACUGUAUGUUUACCAGGUACUAUUAAAGAUAAAUUACUUGCUAUCAGUCGUUCUGGAUUUGAUGGUGUUGAAAUUAUGAUGACUGAUUUAGAUGAAAUCGAUCCUUUAGAAUUGAAAGAUUAUUUAGCUAAGCUUUCUUUAGAUCUUGUAAUAUUGCAACCAUUUCGUGAUUUGGAAGGAUGGGAGGAUGAAACCAUUUUUAAACAAAAGAUGCAAGAAUUUGAAGACACUCUAAAGUUGAUGAAAACCUUAGGAACUGAUUUGUUAUUAGUGUGUUCCAAUUGUUCAGAAGAUGCAUCUGGUGAUAUUGAUUUGAUGGUUGAUCAAUUGAAAAAAGCUGCUGAAUUAGCAAUUCAAUAUAACAUUAGAAUUGCUUACGAAAAUUUGAGUUGGUCAACUCAUAUUAAAACCAUCUCACAACUUGUAUCGAUUGUUGAACAAGUCAAUAGACCAAAUUUUGGGCUCUGUCUUGAUUCAUUUCACAUAAACAUUCAUAAUUCCAAGUUAAUUCCAUAUCAUAAAAUCUUUUUUGUACAAUUCUGUGACGCAAUAGAUUUAGACUUAAAGUUUGAUAUUUCUCAUUAUGCCAGGAAUUAUAGAAACUUCCCAGGACAAGGGGACUAUUCCAAUUUAUCAGAGGAAUUUGAUAUUUUGGUAAAAUCAGGUUAUCAAGGAUACAUUAGUUUAGAAGUAUUUAAUAGAUCAUUCCGGGAAUUCAAUGGUGACUCUCAAUACAUCUCUGACGACGGCCUAAGAAGUUUAAUUAAUUUACAGUUGGAAAAUUCUUCAGGUAAUCUUGAUGUGAAAAUAGAAGGUGUGCAAACAACAGCAACAUGUCCAAGUGUGGAUGAGUCUGAAAUAUUACAUUUGAGUAAUUUCAAGAAUUUGACGUUAAUCACAACCAAUUAUUUGAAUUUAACAAGUCGGUUAAAAGAGUUGAAAUUUGAUAAAUUUUUUGCAACAAAUCAUGUAAUAAUUAAGCAAAAUUCAACACAAAACGAAAAAUUAUUUAAUAGAGUAGUUUUAAAAGUUAAAAAUAGAGUUGAAUAUAACCGUCUAGCAUUAUUUUGCACUACAGGAUUGAAAAUGAAGAGGUUAAAGAAGGAUGAAAUGAAUGUUGUAAAUUAUUUCAAGCUUCCUUUAAGUGAUACAUUUGGUUAUGAACCAAAUGAAAAUUCCCUAAAGAUUACUUUACAACUACAAAAUGCUGUAUUUUAAUAUCGCUUAUAUAUAUAUAUAUAUCAAUAUAGUUAUAUAUAGAAGAUAUCUGAUACUCAGAAAUUGUCAAUAAGAAUGAAAAUGAUUAAUAGGUUAUUUGUAGAUAAUGUAUUUUCGCAAUUACGUCUGCAUUUUGAGCCCUCAAUGAGCUUUCCUGUUUAGGUAUGAUGCAGCGCUAAUAAAUUUUCCCCACAAUACUUAGCCAGGA